AUGGCCUCCUUCAAGCCCUCCAUUCCCCCCACCAGUGACUUUUCUACCUCCGGCGAGGUCCAUGUCAUCAUGGGUCCCAUGUUCGCCGGCACAACCACCGCCCUACUCCGCCGGAACAAGUUGGAGGGCAACAGCGGCAGGAAUGUGGCGAUGAUAAAAUCGAGUAAGGAUACGAGAUACGCCAUUGAUUCAGUUGUGACGCACGACGGGGUGAAGUUUCUGUGCUGGGCGCUGUCUGAUCUGUCGUUGUUUCGGCAGAACUUUGGAGGAGAUGCUUAUGACAAGUAUGUUUUACUAUUGGAAGAGAAAAAUGGCAGAGCAGGGGUGGAAGAGAAAAAUGGCUGGGCUCUUUUGCACUAA